GCUUUCGCUUGUUCUGUGGAUUUUCCCGUUAAAAAUAUGCCAUGAUCUUGAUUCGACACCUUGCAGCUACUUAAAACGAUUUUUCAUAAUUUGUUUUAGAUCUAAAAAUGUAUAAAUCACCUCUAUUUAAAGUUGCUGUUGUUGGAGGCUUUGUAGUUUUAGGUUCAGCGAUAUGGGUUGAAAAUCGUAUUAAUAAUAACUUCAGAGCGCAAGACUACUACAGAAAUGCUGUAACAUUGUUACACAAAUAUGAACCAGCCGGCCAGAUGUUAGGUCGACCUAUCUACAGUGGGAAACUGGACCUGUCUAAUGCUGAUAAAUUUAGAGUUGAUGGUACCACUGCAAAGCUCACUAUUCCAUUAAAAGGAGCCAAUGACAAAGGUACCCUGUACGUCUUAGCUAGCAGAGACAAACUUGGAGAACCGUGGAAUAUUGACCAGCUGGACCUCGAGAUAAAAAGCACUAAAGCGAGAUGGAAGUUUUAUGACAGACAGCUAGCAUCUAACAACAGAGAUAGUGAGUCAACAACACAGUCAGACAACACAGACAGUUUCAAUUGACCCAGGCAGCAUCAGAACCAUUAG